UGAGGCACCUGUGGGGUUCACCGUAGACUGGAGCGGACUCCUUUGGGGAAGCGCUGAGGUGGGGGCAUAGGCGGUGGUCGCCAUGACGCCUAGGCUGAGUGCCGGAGCCUCGGCUGUAGCAGCGGCUGCCGCAGCAGCAGCAACAGAAGAGGCUGCUGGAAGGGUCUACCGGGAUCUGGGAGCUGUCCCUUCAGCACCACCCGCCUAGCCAGGCCUGGCCCUCAGUCUCUUCCAGCCCCAGAAAAUGGGAUCUUCUAAUCUCCCGCUGCAGCCCACACCCACAGAGGCUGACUGACUGAGAGGGCAGCUCCAGCCCCCACAGAGGGAGCGGCUCUUGCGGCGGGGAGAGAGGGAGGUGGGUCUGGGGUCGGGGGUGAUUCCCCAAGAGCCAAGUCCAAAGAGCAACCUGUCAGCCCUGAGCACGAACAGCUGGCAGUUGUCUGAUCACCCAAGCCUGGAAGACAAGCAGGAGACGUCGCCCUGGAUCCCUCCUGCUAGACACACACGCACACACACACACACACACACACACACACACACACACACACACACAUACAGAGACACGAGCGCGCACACACUAACAUCCAGUGGGCAGCAUCAGCAACAGCAGGAGCAGCAAUGCUAAGAAGGUGGCCUGGGAAGUUUCGCACUUGUAUCUUCAGACGAUUCCCGAGAUUGCAGGUGUAGCUCCUCGCCAGUGUCCCGAGUAUCCCCACGAUGACAGGCCAGAGCCUGUCGGAUUUGUCCGAAGCCAACUUCGAGGAUAGUGAGAUCAGCGUCAACGUUGGGGGUUUUAAGAAGAAGCUGCGCUCGCACACGCUGUUGCGCUUUCCUGAGACCCGGUUGGGUCGCCUCUUGCACUGCCGCUCCAAGGAGUCCAUCCUGGAGUUGUGUGAUGACUAUGACGACGCGCAGAACGAGUUCUACUUUGAUCGGAACCCGGAGCUCUUCCCCUAUGUACUGCACUUUUAUAACACAGGCAAACUACAUGUAAUGGGAGAGCUCUGCGUUUUUUCCUUCAGCCAAGAGAUAGAGUACUGGGGUAUUAAUGAGUUCUUCAUCGACUCUUGCUGCAGUUAUAGCUAUCAUGGAAGGAAGAUGGAGCCUGAUCAAGAGAAAUGGGAUGAGCAAAGUGACCAGGAGAGCACUACCUCCUCCUUUGAUGAGAUCUUGGCCUUCUAUAAUGAUGCAUCCAAAUUUGAUGGGCAGCCCUUAGGCAACCUCCGAAGACAGCUAUGGUUGGCCCUGGAUAACCCAGGCUAUUCCAUUCUGAGCAGGGUAUUCAGCAUUCUUUCCAUCAUGGUGGUACUAGGCUCCAUUGUCACCAUGUGCCUCAACAGCCUUCCUGACUUUCUGAUCCCUGAUAGCCAAGGCAACCCAGAGGAAGACCCAAGGUUUGAAAUUGUGGAACAUUUUGGGAUUGCCUGGUUCACCUUUGAGCUAGUGGCCAGGUUUGCUGUGGCCCCAGAGUUCUUCAAAUUUUUUAAGAAUGCACUGAACUUGAUUGAUCUUAUGUCCAUCAUCCCCUUCUACAUCACCCUGGUGGUCAACCUGGUGGUGGAGAGCUCUCCCACCUUGGCCAAUUUAGGCAGGGUGGCUCAAGUCCUCAGGCUCAUGAGGAUUUUCCGCAUCCUAAAAUUGGCCAGACAUUCCACUGGCCUUCGGUCUCUAGGGGCAACCUUGAAAUAUAGCUACAAAGAGGUGGGACUCCUCUUGCUUUAUCUUUCAGUGGGCAUAUCAAUAUUCUCUGUAGUGGCCUACACCAUUGAGAAAGAAGAAAAUGAAGGUCUGGCCACAAUCCCUGCCUGCUGGUGGUGGGCAACUGUGAGCAUGACAACUGUGGGCUAUGGUGAUGUUGUUCCAGGGACCACAGCUGGGAAGCUGACUGCCUCAGCUUGUAUCCUUGCUGGCAUUCUUGUGGUGGUGCUGCCAAUAACUCUGAUCUUCAAUAAAUUUUCACAUUUUUAUAGGCGACAAAAGCAACUUGAAAGUGCCAUGCGCAGCUGCGAUUUUGGAGAUGGAAUGAAGGAGGUUCCUUCAGUCAACCUAAGAGACUACUAUGCCCACAAAGUUAAGUCACUGAUGGCAAGUCUUACCAACAUGAGCAGGAGUUCACCAAGUGAACUAAGCUUAAAUGAUUCCCUACAUUAGCCUGAAGGUGUGGCUCCAUCAUAAUCAUCAAGACCAUACUGAUGGUUGAGCUGCAUUUUGUGCUCCUGGCAUGGCUCCAGGCUCCAUGGGGUUACAAAGUAAGGAGAAGACAGAGUCCUUCAGUACCUUACCAUUCUAAAUGGAAGGAGAUGCCUGAUCAGUGUACACCCACGAUCACUUCCACAGCAUGUAGAAUCUUUGAUAUGGGGUGGGGUGACUAACACUAUACCAACUUUGCACUGAGAAAAAUGCUAAACUUUGUGCCCGAUGAGUAUCCUGAAUGCCAGUUUUUCUAUACAAAUCACUCAUCAUAUACCUAUCCCUGAUGUUCCUGGUGCAACACUUUCAGUCUGCACUCUUGUUUCCAUGUUAUCGUAUGAGGACUGGAUAAAAACUGUGUCUCUCCAGUGGGAGCACUUGUGAAGUCAGCAAUGAAAAACUCAGAUUCAACUCACAAGAAUGUGAAAAAAAACUCAGUCAUGCAUUCAUUCCUCAAUUUGCUUCAAUGCUCAAAACAGAAAAUGUGAAAUUAAGCACAUAUCACCAAUGCAACUUUCUGUUUUUCUUAGAACUUAACCUGUAGUUCUGUGGCUUGCAUGGGUGCAUAUCUUACUACUGUUAUUUACGCAAAUAUUACCUCCCUGGAAAUUUAAUUUGCUCAGUUUACACAUGCAUUGAAAACUGAUCCUAGUUCAAGAGCAAAAGCAUUGGGAAAAUAGCGUUGAUCUAAAAUCAGGCUUAAACCCUGAACCUUAGGAAGCUUCUUGGUGUGGGAAAUAGGAGUAGUGAGUUUCUCAUUAUUGGAGGACUGCAAAUGGAGUGGACAUGCUAUAGAGGGAUUUCUGCCUCAGGAAUGGGUUGAAUAGGGUGAUCUCUAGGAUUUCUUCCAACUCUGAGAGUUUCUUAUUCUUAACUGGGAAUCACAUUUAUGAAGAAGAUACCCUGCUUUCCUGAGAGUCUUUCCAAUGGGAAUCCUGCCUUAGACCCAGUAUGCAUAGGCCUGGGAUGAAUAGAUUUUUUUUCAAGCUGUAUUUCAUGUUCUGAACAAUUUUACCAAAUUCUGCUGGGUCAUAGAAAUUAGCAAUUUUUUUCACUUGUCAUUUUUUAAAAGACUAUGGAUUAGGUUAUUCUGCCUCUUCCAAUUACUAAGAGGUUUAUUUUACUGUCUAAUGAAAGUAAAUAUUUCAUAUUUGAUAUGCAAGGCAGCAGCUUGGAAACUGUCUUUUAGUAUCCUCCUCUGAAAUCUCAUUAAAAAUGAGUGCAUGUUUCUUUCUGAGAAAAAUUUACUCCAGUAAUUUUGCUUCUAGGAUACAUAAUGUUUUAUAUGAUAUUAUAAUUACCUUAUAAGGGGCUUCCUUCUUUGAAAUGGGGAACUCAAGGAACAUAAGCAUGUACUCAGAACACAAAUGAUAUGUGCAUGGAGUAGACUGCAGGGAAACCUUAUAUAUUUUUUUGAAUUAACUGUCUUCCUUCUGGGAACAAGGUAGGGCUGGGAUGGGGAAGGGAGAGAAAUGGGAAAAUUGAAAAGGAAAUGGUAUAAAAUAUCACAACUAAUCACAAACUUUAAAAAAGUUGAAUGCUGCAUAAAGUACCUUGGAAACUUCUAAACAUGCUGAAAAACAGGUUAAAGGAAUACACAUAUCCUACUUCCUUUGGUUCUUAGGAUCUUCUUCCUGCUCUUUGCUCCCCGAUUACAGGACUCCUGAGCUAUCACAUAAAAAUGUGGAUGGAAUCCUGAGCCCCUUUGUAUAACUGCUCUGUAUCCAUCAUACUAUAUGUUGUGUAUUGUUUCCAAAUUGACUUCUAUUAUAUGUCUUUGAAAAGACUGUAGAUUCAAAUGGUCUAAGCAUGGAGUUGGCUAGGAUUUUCAUUAAGGCUCAGAUCCUUUAUUUUCACGUGGCACUUACCUAAGUUACUGAAUUUUGUGUGUCUUGAUUUCCUUUCUCACUAGUUGAAGUCCCUGCUAACCUCAUAGGGGUGCUGUGAGGAACCUUUAGUAUUUGAAAAGUAUUCAAAAGAUAUUUAAGGGCUGAGUUACUGUUCUUAUUAAGAGAAUUUUGGCUUGAGUGAUUCUCUGAAUGCACUAGGCACUUCUGAUUGCAGAUGUGGGUUCAAAUUCUCUCAUCUGGAUGGAGAUUCAUGGUAGGAUACCUCCCAAUAUCUAAUGGACAAUCUCUCCCUCUCUCUCCCUCUUUCCCUCCUUCACUCCCUUCCUCUUCCUCCUCCUCCUCCGUCUCUUC